AUGGCUGAGAGGACACUGGAGCAGGGCUCGGUCAGCAUCCCCAUGGAGGAGACCAAACUCCCCGGCGGAGCACCUCAGGAGGCGCCGCUGCUCACCCACUUGAAGAAAGUGGAGAACCACAUUACUGAGGCCCAGCGCUUCUCCCACCUCCCACGUCGCUCUGCUGUGGACCUGGAGUUCAAUGAGCUCUCGUACACCAUCCGUGAGGGUCCCUGGUGGAGGAGGAGAGGUUACAAAGCCCUCCUCAAGUGUCUGUCGGGAAGAUUCAACAGCAGAGAGCUGAUUGGCAUCAUGGGGCCUUCCGGAGCCGGGAAAUCCACUCUGAUGAAUAUUCUGGCAGGUUACAGGGAGACGGGCAUGAAGGGCCAGAUCAUGGUGAACGGUCGGCCGAGGGACCUGAGGACUUUCAGGAAGAUGUCCUGCUACAUCAUGCAGGAUGACAUGCUGCUGCCACACCUCACUGUGAGGGAGGCCAUGAUGGUUUCUGCCAAUCUGAAGCUGAAUGAGAGCAUACAGGUCAAAAAAGAACUUGUGGAUGAGAUCCUGACUGCUCUGGGCCUUCAGGAAUGUGCUCAGACACGCACCAGCUGUCUCUCUGGGGGUCAGUGUAAAAGACUGGCCAUCGCCCUCGAGCUGGUCAACAAUCCCCCUGUCAUGUUCUUUGAUGAACCCACCAGCGGUCUGGACAGUGCGUCCUGCUUCCAGGUCGUUUCCCUCAUGAAGUCUCUGGCUCAGGGAGGACGGACAAUCAUCUGCACCAUUCAUCAGCCCAGUGCCAAGCUCUUUGAGAUGUUUGAUAAGCUGUACAUCCUCAGUCAGGGUCAGUGCAUAUACAAGGGCACAGUCCCUUACCUCAUCCCGUAUCUGAAGAACCUGGGCCUCCACUGCCCAACGUAUCACAACCCUGCUGAUUUCAUCAUCGAGGUGGCGUCGGGGGAGUAUGGGGAUCUGAAUCCAGUGCUGUUUGAGGCAGUCCAGGGUGGGCUGUGCUCGGACGAGAGCAAGAAGAACUCCAGAGACAAAAGCGACUCUUCCUGUCCCUCUCAAUGUCACAGUGACACAGGAACCCUUGAGAAACACAGCUUUGCCACCAGUACAUCCACACAGUUCUGCAUCCUCUUCAAAAGAACCUUCAUUACGAUAUGCAGGGACAUGGUGCUGACCCACCUCAGGGUGAUGUCCCACCUGUGUAUUGGAGUGCUGAUUGGCCUGCUUUAUCUCAAAAUUGGAAAUGAUGCCAGCAAGGUCUUCAACAACACUGGCUUCCUCUUUUUCUCCAUGCUGUUCCUCAUGUUCGCCGCCCUGAUGCCCACCAUCCUAACUUUUCCUCUGGAGAUGUCUGUGUUUAUAAGGGAACAUCUCAACUACUGGUACAGCCUGAAGGCCUAUUACCUGGCCAAAACCAUGGCUGAUGUACCAUUCCAGGUAAUCUGUCCAAUCAUGUACUGUAGUAUAGUGUACUGGAUGACUGAACAGCCUCCAGAAGCGGGUCGCUACCUGCUCUUUAUGGCCUUGUCCACAUCCACAGCCCUGGUAGCCCAAUCCCUGGGUCUGCUUAUAGGUGCUGCAUCCACGUCUCUGCAGGUGGCAACCUUUGUGGGUCCAGUCACAGCCAUACCUGUGCUCCUCUUCUCUGGCUUCUUCGUCAAUUUUGACACCAUUCCUAAAUACCUACAGUGGAGCUCCUAUGUUUCCUAUGUCAGGUACGGCUUUGAGGGGGUGAUACUUUCCAUCUAUGGAAUGAACCGGUCAGAGUUAGAGUGUCCAGGCCUGGUGUGCAAGUUCCAGAAGCCAGAGGAGGUCCUGCAGCUUCUGGAUGUGGAGGAUGCGAAACUGUACGUGGACUUCAUGGUGUUGGGGGUUUUCUUCUUGGUCCUCAGACUGGCUACUUACUUGGUUCUGCGCUACAAAGUCAAGUCAGAGCGUUAA